UCAGAGAUGGAUUCUGCGAAAAAUGAAACCUCAAAAACAUUGCUGAGUGCAAGAGAUACUGAAAACAAUGAUAUCGGUGUGCGAGAGCAAGAUAAUUUGGUCACGUUGCAGUGGAGAAAUUUGAAGGUGACUACAAAAGCCGGUCGUGUCCUUCUCAAUGGUGUCAGUGGGUGUGCCGUACCGGGAGAAGUCAUCGCACUGAUGGGAGCCAGUGGAGCCGGAAAAACGACACUGCUCAAUACGUUGUUGCAGCGGAAUUUGAGGGGCCUGCAAGUCGAAGGCGAGAUUCUGGUGAAUGGGCAGAAUAUUGGAAAAGGGGUGACCAGUGUGUCGGCGUAUGUUCAGCAGGAGGAUUUGUUCAUGGGAACGCUUACGGUCAAAGAGCACCUGGACAUCCAGGCUAAACUCCGUCUUCCGCCUGGAACAUCUACAACUGCGAGAGCAACUCGCGUGAACGAGGUGAUGAACGAAAUGCUACUGGAGAAGCCUCGUGACAGCAGAAUCGGAGUUCCGGGGAUCAAGAAGGGUAUUUCGGGAGGAGAAAUGAAACGUCUCGCGUUCGCCACGGAAAUGAUUAACAAUCCUCCGAUUAUCUUCUGCGAUGAGCCAACGACUGGCCUAGAUUCUCACAUGUCUUUGCAAGUUGUCAAGACUCUGGAGCAAAUGGCUUUGGAGAAGGGAAAAACGAUCAUCUGCACGAUUCAUCAGCCUUCUUCCGAAGUGUUUGAGAUUUUUGAUAAGGUAGUUUUCUUGGCUCAGGGCAGAAUUGCUUUCCAUGGAGCAAUUGAUGAGGCUAUUCAUCAUUUUUCGAGUUGUGGGUAUCAGGUUCCGGAUCAUACAAACCCGGCGGACUAUUUUAUUGAUACCCUUGCGAUCAAGCCAUCUGAAGCGGAAGCCUGUAAGAGCCGAUGCCAAGAGCUCUGUGACAAAUUCGAGAAGAGUUUCUACAACGAGCGGCUCACAAAACUGAUGGAUCAGACGAAAGAUGUCCGUGCAAUGACUCCACAUCACUCGGCAACUUACCCAGUUUUGCUUUAUGCACUUUUCUAUAGAUACAUGCUUGACAACAUUCGAAAUCCCGCAAUUAUGAAGGCAAAAUUGAUUCAAAAACUAUUUAUGGGACUUUUCAUUGGAACACUGUUUUACGGACUUGAGACUGAUCAGGACGGACUUGCCAGCUACAAAGGCGCCCUAUUCUACUACAUCUCGGAACUCACCUACUCGACAAUUUUCGGAAUUCAAGCAUUCAUGCCAGCCGACUAUCCGCCGCUAGUUCGCGAGUACGAUGACCGGAUCUAUCCGAUUUCCGCUUACUACAUUGCGAAAAUUUGCUCGUUUCUGCCAAUUUUCACAGUCGAUGGAAUUAUUCUCGUAGUGUCUUCCUACUUUUUGGUCGGAUUUCCAAGCGAUUUUGGGGUUUUUUUGAGACAAAUUUUUACGUGUAUGGCCAUUGAGUGGAAUGUUGCCGCGUUGGGAAUUGCCGUGUGCGCGACUGCUCCGUCAUACGCAAUCGCUGUGACUGUCACUGGACCAUUGCUCACCGUAUUCUCUCUGACUGGUGGACUCUUCACGAAUAUUGCUGAAAUGCCCGCUUGGAUCAAUUGGGUGCAAUAUUUGUCUUGGUUUCGUUACGGUUACGAGUCGCUAGUGGUCAAUCAAUUUCAACACGACCAAUUCGCGAAUAUCACGUGUAACGCAAAUAUGAAUGAGCAACUUUGCGAGAAGAGCGGCCCGAUUGCUAUCAAGAAUUUCUCAUUUGACACUGCAAAUUUGUACACUAAUUGGGUUGCGAUGAUCUACUUGACAAUUAUCAUUUAUAUUGUUGGAUAUAUGGGUCUCGUGCGGAGAGUUAUCGCCAAUCGAUGAUUAUUGAUUGAACUCUUUUUGCACUCUUUUUGAAUGAUGAUUUGUGGAUAAAAACCGUUUUAGGUUA